AUGUGUCUAAAUCCGUUCGGUAUACUUGAUAAGCAGCUGCCAUUGGAAUGCCCUCAAGUAAAAUGUGAUGAACAGUACUGUGGCGAUUGUGUACAAGCGAUUCGAGGAAUAGAUAACAAAUACCCAUUUAUAUGUAUGGUUUGCAAGGGAAGUACGAUUCCACGCCGCAACGAGCUCAUUGAAGAACAUUUAAUAUGGAAACAUUUCGGCAAGCUGUAUGGGACAGAGAAUUUUCUUGCUUUCAAAUCAAAGUUGGAACUGGAUUCGUAUUCUGACAUUGUGAAUGACAUUCGUUUGCGACGUAACCAUCUUCAGUCAAGAAUUAACACUUUCGAGAAAAAGCGGAAGAGUUCUGACUCGACGGAUCCUUCAAACAACAACUUACAGAAUUCAGACUCAAAGGAUCCACUCAUUCAGGAUGUAGCUAACAUGAUUAUUGAACUAGACAAGCUGAUCAUAGAAUUAGAAAAUAUCGGGUCGUGUAUGGAUGAACACGCUACUAUCAUUGAUGAAUGUUUGGCAGCAUACCAAGAUAGAUUGAAACACUUUGAUAAGCUCUGUGAAGCAUUGAGUAAGGAAAUAAAAUUGACCGAAACGAAUACUCGUUGUAUAUCAAUAAAAAUAGCCGAUAGCCAGCAACAGCAGACGCAAGAUAUAUACCAUAUGAACGAUUUGUGCAAACUAUUACCUCAGCAGAACGUUGCUAACAUCGACAAAAUUCUUGCAGAUAUCAUGUUUCGGAAAAAAACCAUUGAACCAUAUCUUGCGAGUCUCGAUUUAUUCCUAGAAGAUCAACCACAAAACAUAACAACGUUUAACAGUUCCAUUUGUAACGCUAAAGAGAUGUUGAAAGCUAUUUGCGAAAGAUGCAUUGACCAGUACGGUGACUAUUUAGCAGACGACAGACUUAAACAUAUACCUUGUUCCAAGUUUAUUCUUCUGCUCGAAAAUUUGCGUGUGAAAACCGAACGGCUAGAUAUAAAAGCUAAUUUCUCCAAAGUUAUUUCUUUAAAUGAGAUAUGGCAGAAUAGCCACAGUAGUGACGAGCAAUUCAAACCUAAAGUUAUUGAACUUUUCAAAGCUGUAGAACUAGAUCUAGCACAAAUAUUUUAUAAUCGCAACUAUAUCCGUUCGAUUCCAUUCAAGGUUGGAGUUAUUGGUGAUGGAUGUGUGGGUAAAAGUACUUUAAUAGGAAAACUCAGCGAAUGCGUAGACCAAUCGGUAUCAACAGUUGCUAGUGGAAGAAGUACAUUCGGAUAUUUGCAAAUCGACACAUUUAUAAAUGAGUGUCCCCAUAAGACUAUUCCAAUCACGUUUAUAGAUCUCGAAGGUGCAAUUGAUACCAAUAACGCAGUAUUCAUAGGAAAUUACAAGGAAUUGAUCAAAAAAGCGGACUGUGAUUUGUACUUGCUUGUAUUUCAUGAUUCAUUUGACGAUGACUUGCAUGGCGGCUGGCAUAAAUAUAUAAAAGAAGAGUUGCAGCGAGACUGUCUUCUUGUUCGAAACAAAGUAGAUCGACUCUUUUUAGAUCUCUUCAAGGAAAGAAAGAAACAAGACUACACUCCCAAACUGAAUCCAAGGUAUCUUACGGAUCGUAUUAUAAGAGACUUAAGGAAACAAGUUGGGUUCACAAAAACGCGAAAAUCUCUCUCUGGCACAGUGUAUCUAACGGCGGCUGCUUGUGAUACUGUUCUGGCAACGGAGGAUUUCGCCAAGUUUGACAUAGACGAGUUAAAGAAAACGAUCAUCCUUAUGGCUACUAAAAAUACUCGAGUCGCACGCAUACGUGACCUCGCCGUUCUUGCUGUAAUAAAUACAAUAAACACAUGUUUUCGACGCGCAUACGUUGUUUCUAAACUAAAGUAUCAAGUCCUAGCCACUUUGUCCAGUAUCAUUCCUUUCGCUGACGAAGUGCCAGUUUAUUUUGGACAGGAAAAAAUUCGUCAGGUGUUUGGCAUCCAUGACAACAUGUGGAUAACAAACUGUUUCAAGAGAAAAAAAGACUCACUCCAAGAAUAUUUGAGUAAGUAUCCACUGAUGGUGUCCGAAAGCAAACUACAAUCUGGCUGUUUUGCAUAUCUUGCGAAAAGUACCACGGAAGAAUCGUCACAGCGUAUAGGAAUAGAAGCAAGGAAGUAUAUUCAGGCAAAAGAGAUGAAUAGGAACAACAUGAUAAGCUCAAUUGGAAGAAAAAUUGAACCGUGCCUCAAUACUACUGCUAUCACUCUCGGAGCACUUGGAAAAAUAUCUGAUGACGCUCUUCGUACAGCAGGUGUAGCCACAUCCGGCGCUGUUCGUGCAUUAUCGAUUACAGGUAUCGCUGCCGGUGCAGCACUGAUUCCAAUAUGUGCCGCUUGGUCAUACUAUUCAUCAGGCAAAAGAAUGAACCGAUAUCUUCAUGAGCUCUGCAACGAUAUGUUAAUAAUAUUCGAAUACUUUGUUACUAUUGUAUGCAUUGAAAAACGCGAAGAUCUACAGUCAUCGGGAAAAUGUCAAGAAUGCCCUAGCAUGGCAGAAUUAUCCUAA